AGUUCUGAAUUAAAUUAGUUUCCUAUUGCAAAACUGCGGAUGAUUAUGUAACUUAAAACUUUGUCUGUACAUAUUUGAUUUGUGAUCUCAGUCGUGGCUGCAGAAUUCAACCGUUACAUAUUUAUGACUUUUGUAUAAGAACGAAUUGUGAUUUGGUUACCGCCAAGACCGGCGACCGGCUCUUCUAUUACCUCCAUCAACUCAUCGGCAUAUCAGCAUCAACAAAAGAGAAACUUUUAAAACAUGGCCUCUCUAACAUCCACGCCGCUUCUGGGAUCUUCUACUCCUGCUUCCUUGUCUCCUCUACAGUCCUUUAGCAGUUCCACUCCGAGCAGUGCCACACCAGUAGCUACUCCAACAUCAAAGCCAACUCCUGCCAAAGAGGAGGGCUACGUCGAAAAGUUCCAAAAGGUUCUCCGGUUGGAUAAGUCGGCUAAGCAGAGCCUUUUGUGGUCUGGGGUGAACGCCACCCUCUUCUCCGUUGUUCUCUACGACUUGACUGAGUCUUGCAGCCAAAGACCCAACUGGGCUGAAUAUACGGAGCUGGCAUUUUUGGUUGUGCUGUUCAUCAACAUUGUCUACCACUUGGCCAACUACUUCUACAUCUUGGUCACUUUCAAACCUGUACCUCUAACUGCUGACCAGAAAAAACUUCUCGGAGUCAGCGAGAAUGAUCCCAAAUUUCCAACCUUGACUGAGGAAAUGAUUGCAAAAAGCAAAGCACAAGCUGCUUCUGAUAAAAUUUCUCCACCUCAAACCCCCAUCAACUUUUCAGCAGCCAGCUGGUUCAACUCCACUCUCCUUUCGCAGAAAAGCACUGCAAGUCCUAAUGUGUCUGGACUCCUAAAUACACCAAACUUGAGUGCAAUGCAACAGGCAAACAUAUCCCUGAACCAAACUUGGGCCAGCGCCAGCCCUUCAUGGAAUAACUCGCUCAACUCAUCUCUUUCGACCUCUUGGAUGUGCAGGACGAACAGUGGCACUCCAACUACAACAACCCCUGUCAAUGUUGAGUCAGAUGAGCCAGUUGUGGAUGAAGCGUCACUCUUGAGAUACCUUGACAAGCUGGAGAAAAUGGAGCAGAAAAUGGUUACCAACACAAGCCAGAGCCCCUUGAAUUCGUCUCCUACAAAUUUAAGCAUCUUGUGGAACAGCCAGGUCAACUCUACUAGCCCGGACCUGAUUCUGCCUACCAACAUGACUUACCACCUUUCUACAAACAUACAGGCUCCAACGCUAAACAAGACUGGAAGUCCUGGUAUUGAAAGUCUGCCUGGUGUGACUUCAAUCUCCACCAAUGAAAAAUUCUGGCAGAAAGAGGGUGUCUCUCAAGAACGUCUAUCUCAGUGGAAUAAAAAUUUGAGACAAUGGAUCACAAUGACUGUUCUGAAUCCUGUGAUCAAAGAAAUAGACGAUGUGAAUCAGGCCCUGCAAAGACUGGGAAAUGAAGAAAGGGUCGGAUCUUCGAGUUUGGACAAAAUAAAGCCAGUGAGCAAUUCGCUUCAGGUGCAGCAGUACAUCCCAAACUUUCCCACUCUACUGACCUUCCUGGAGGUUACCCAAAACCAGCAGUACCUUGUCCAAAGAAUUAGAGAACUGGCUAGUGGUGGGUGCAUGAGUGACUUUCGCUGGAACUCUGGCGGGAACUUCAAUGGCAAGCCUUGGGACGACACUCUGCCAACGGACACCCAGAUCAUCAUGCAUUUCCUGGCUAUGUACUUGGAUGUACAAUUGCCCCCAAUGCGCCACAGACCCGACCCGAGACCUUUCUCUGCUGUCCACAUGAGCAAGGCUGUUGACAAGCCAAAGUGUGGAGACAACAUUAUUCUGAUCCACGAAGCAACAGCAAAUCCUCCUCACUACGUCCUCAUCUGGAAAAACAGUGUCUAUGAAGUUCCUAAAGGAAGAAACAACUUGCUGCACACAGUUCUGCUGUUUCUGCAUAAGCUCAAGGCGGAGGAUGCUGGAAUGCUGGGCCGCAUUAGCAUGGGACCCUCUGGGUUGAACAUCAUGUGGGUCUUAGCCUAGACAAAUCUUUUCAAUGUGAACCUCAUAAAAAUGUUUUUAAUGUAAGCUUUUUAAUUGAAAGAAAUUGGAAUGGUUUUUCAGUCAUAAUAAACUGCAAAAAUUGUUGCUACUA